GUGAUGCAUUCCGUGCAUGCUGAUGUGGUAUUCGUGUUGCCUUGGAUUCGAGUUUUAAGCCACGAUAUGCGAGCCACAUCGCGGGGAGCAGAAAAGGGAAAGCGAGGGGAAGACGUGGAAAAGCGAGGGAUGAAGAGGGAAGGGGGAACAGGAUAG